AUGAAUCACGACAAGAUCAAUAGUGGUAUUCUCGAGAAAGGGGAUGUAACUGAAGGAGAUUCUACCACAUUUACCGAGCAAGGUUCUGUCGUCAACGCAUCUGGUCAUACCGACCAACUCACUCGACAGUAUGGACUCGUGGGGCUCACGGGCAUUGCUGUGACGGUCAACAAUGCCUGGGUUGUUCUAGGCUCAUCUAUAUCUGUGUCAAUUCUGAGCGGAGGUAUCUCUGGCGUCAUAUAUGGGCUUAUGGUCGCCGUCUUCUACUAUACCUUUAUCGGACUGAGCCUUGCUGAGCUUUCAUCCUCCUGUCCUAGCUCUGGUGGUGUAUACCACUGGGCUACUAUAGCAGCUGGGCCAAAAUGGGGCCGAGUCACCGGCUUCUAUGCCGGAUGGAUCAACUUCUAUGGUUGGAUGUUCGGACUCGCAUCUUUAGUCCAGGUCGCAGCCAAUGCAGGAGUACAGUGCUACGCAACACUCACACCUGCUUUCUCCCCUUCAGCGUGGCACGUUUACGUCGCAUAUCUGAUCGUUAUAUGGCUGAGUACCUUUGUUGUCAUAUUUUCUAAUCGGCUUGUGCCUUAUACUCAGAAACUUGGGUUAAUUCUCGUUGUUGUCGGCGGUCUCGUGACAAUCAUCAUCGUCGCCGUCAUGCCUUCGAAGCAUGCCUCCAGUCAAUUCGUCUGGAACUCCUUCCACGAAAACAACCUGACUGGUUGGAAUGAUGGAGUUGCAUUCAUGGUUGGAGUUCUGAACGGUGCUUUCACCAUUGGGACUCUGGAUGCCAUUACUCACAUGGCUGAAGAGGCUGCCAACCCGAAAAAAGAUCUGCCCAGGGCCAUCUUUCUUUAUAUUUCCAUUGGCGGUGUUUAUGCUUUGGCUUUCGCCGUUGUUCUCGGAUAUGCCAUCUCGGAUCUUUCAGUACUUCAAGGAAAUUCCAACACGUUCCCAUUGGCCGGGAUUUAUCAUCAAGCAACUGGAAGCACAGCGGCGACAUUUGCUCUACUAUUCAUCAUUUUAAUAUCGUCUCUAUGCUGCGUCAUCGGCACUGUCUUGACCAACUGCCGUACUUACUGGACUCUGGCUAGAGAUCAAGCAGUGCCGUUUUCCCAUUACUUCAGCAGAGUCAGCACCAAACUUAGAACACCGGUCGAAUCAACCAUCUUCGUGGCAGUCAUAGCAUCGGGUAUUGGUGCUAUUCCGCUGGGAAGUUCAGUCGGGUUCAGUAAUCUCACUGGAUCUUUCAUCAUCAUCACCACGGUUUCAUACGCUAUUCCUAUUAUUUCGAAUCUCCUCAGCGGUCGCAAGAGAUUCUCACCUGGGCCCUUUCACCUGAAGAAAUGGGGAUCCCUGAUCAACACAUUCACCAUAUUGCUGAUUGUACUUUUCGAUGUAUUCUUUUGUUUUCCUGUAGGACUGCCAUUCGAUGCCUCGACCAUGAAUUACAACUCCGUGAUUCUCUGUGGCUUGUGUACGCUUAUAACUAUAUGGUGGCUGGCGUCUGCUUCAAAACACUACCCAGGCCCUUCGUUUCGUUAA